GGCGUGCCGCCCCGCCCCUGGCGGCGCAACCCAAUGGUGAGCGCUCAGAGGGUGCGGGGGCGUGGCCUGGGCGGUGGCGGUGGCGCGCGGGCGCGGCACCCGGAAGUCGGCGGCGGCGGAGGCGACUGGUGACCCUGUGUGAACAAAGCUGCUCUCAGGGACCCAUGUGCAUCAUCUUCUUUAAGUUCGAUCCUCGCCCUGUUUCUAAAAAUGCAUACAGGCUCAUCCUGGCGGCCAACAGGGAUGAAUUUUACCACAGACCAUCCAAGCUAGCUGACUUCUGGGGGAGCAACAAUGAGGUCCUCAGUGGGCUUGACAUGGAGGAAGGCAAGGAAGGAGGCACGUGGCUGGGCAUCAGCACACGGGGGAAGCUGGCUGCACUCACCAACUACCUGCAGCCACGGCAGGACCCAGAUGCCCGGGGCCGAGGUGAACUUGUGACCCACUUUCUGACUACAGACAUGGACAGCUUGUCCUACUUGAAGAAGGUCUCUGCGGAGGGCCAUCUGUACAACGGCUUUAACCUCAUAGCAGCCGACCUGAGCACAGAGAAGGGAGAUGUCAUUUGCUACUAUGGAAACCGGGGGGAGCCCGAGCCAGUCGUCCUGGCACCAGGGACCUAUGGACUAAGCAAUGCGCUGCUGGAGACGCCCUGGAGGAAGCUGUGCUUUGGGAAGCAGCUCUUCCUGGAGGCCGUGGAGCGGAGCCAGGCGCUCCCCAAGGAUGUCCUCAUUGCCCAGCUCCUGCAUGUGCUCAACAAUGACGAGGCGCAGCUGCCAGACCCGGCCAUUGAGGACCAGGGCAGGGAGUACGUGCAGCCCUUCCUGAGCAAGUAUGCGGCUGUGUGUGUGCGCUGCCCGGGCUAUGGCACCAGAACCAACACGGUCAUCCUCGUGGAUGCGGACGGGCACGUGACCUUCACAGAGCGUAGCAUGCUGGACAAGGACCCCGCCUGCUGGGAGACCAGCACCCACGAGUUCAAGCUGCAGAGCUAACCCCUCUCCCUGGGUGUGGCCAUUGGGCUCCUGGAAGGCCCUGCCUCAAGGACCAGUGUGGAUAGGAACCUUCCGUAGGCACAUGCACUGCCUGUGACUUGGCCAAGCAUCCCCCAGGACCAGGGCCCUCUGGUGUUUCUGUGACCUGUCUGUGUUCACGUGUCCAGCUCAGGGUCUGCCCUUACGCCAGUAGGAGUGACAGAGUCCCACAGCCAGGCCUGGGGCAGGCCUAGGUGUGCUGUGCCCAUGUGAAGGCACCUGGGUCUGCCCCUGUCCAAGCACAGAGGUACAGAGUCGAGGCACAUGUUUCCAUGCACACCUGGAGGUGCACGGGCACACACACACCAUGCACAGGCAACAGAUAGGUGUACACAUGCUCAAAUGCACACACAACCCCCGGCAUACACACGUAUGCAUGCUAGACAGGCAGAGAUGUGCCACUUGCAUCUGCAGGUGCUUCUGGCCAGUGGGUCUUUGCUUUGAUCAAAACAAUAGGGUGUAGACUUUUGUUUAAAAGUGGCUCCCUUUCUCCUGGGCAUAGUCCACUUCUGGACAGCUAGACUUGCUCUUGGAGAGGAGAGGCCCCAUUUGGAAUGAGAAAUGAGAACAACCCCAGAAAAACCCACUGUCAUAACAGAAGCACAGGCUGGUUGGUGGUCCUUUGUGCUCUGGGGGGUCUCCUGUGUGCAUGGGGUGGUCCUGUGGGGGGAGGGGGGUGGUCCUGCAUGAUGCCCCAGGGGUCCUGUGUAUGCUGGGGCACCUUGGUAGGCUCUCAGGCAACUACCUGCCCAUUGGGGGUCAUGGGUCUUGGGCAGGCCCUCUCAGUGAGGGGACACAGCCAGCCCUUGCUAUUUCCCUUCUCCUUGGGGAGUCAGACUUCAUAGGAAUCUGUACUUGAACGUGAGACCUUGAUAAUAAAACUCGGAGGCUGUGGUGAGUCAGUGCAUUUCAGGUCCUUGUGUGAUGGGGGACAACUGUGCGGGGGGUCAGUAGGGCUGCUCUCUUGGUCUGCAGGAGCUCCCAAGGCACACUCACCAGAACAAGCCUCUUCCCACUUUCUUCUUUUGCUCAUGGGUCUCUGAGCACCCUGAUAGAAACCCAAGGGUCCAUCAGCCUGUCCAUCUGUCUGUCCUUGGGCUGGGGUUCGAGAGAGAGCCUACAUGCAUGGGACACGGUAGGUGCCAGUUACAGGGCCUCCUGAGCUGGGCUGAGGAGCCAGGGACUCAUCUGGGUGUAGUGAAGAGCCCUUGGGGACCUCCCCAUGGAGUGGUGUGGUCAGGCCUGCACUUGGGGUGGACUGUGGAGGCCAGGGGAUGGUAGGAAUGGGUUUCAGGGCAAGGGGGCAAGUGGAGUCUGUCUUAAGUGCAGGACCCUGGUUUGCGGCAGGUACUCAGGAGUUCCUGUCCCUGGCCCAGGCUGAGCAUCAGGGGGUCCCGUUGUGUGUCCACUGCUGAGACCCAGACUUCCAUCUGCCUUUGCAGCUGACCCCCAACUUGGGCUCCUCAGAGCCAGUGAGAGCUCGGGGUGGGGUGUGGACCUGCACCCGGCCCCACUUGCCUUCUCAACCCUUCCCUCUUCUCACCCUGAGCACCCCUCAGGGGCUUGAUGCCCUCCUUGGCUCACUUUGAACUCAGAGGAAAAGUGCUUGAGCAUGGUCAGGUUUGAAUGGGGUCCCCAGUGGUGGCUUAGCCCACAGCCCCAGGCCCAGGGGCAAACACUUGUUGGCUGAGGCACACCGACCCAGGCUCUCAGCCCAGGCACUGCCGAUGCCCUUCGUCUGCCUCAGUGCCCCACACCAGCACCCACCCUGGCCAGGCAUGUCUGCCCUCAUGGGGCACCACUGGGCUGGUGCAAAGCCAUCUGGAGUGCUCUCCCUGAUGUUUGUCUCUACGCCAGGGACAGGGCCUGCACAGGGAUACCCCAGCCCUCAACCUGCCCUGGGCUUCCCAAGUGCCUGAUGUAAUUCUAUUGUUAUGGGUUGAGUUGUGUGCCCCCCGAAAGAUCUAUUGGCAUCCUAGCCCCUGUACCUCGGAAUAUGACCUUAUUAGGGUCUUUACAGAAGUAAUCAAGAUAAAAUGCAGUCAUUAGGGUGGGCCCUAAUCAGGUAUGACUGAUGUCCUUAUAAAAAAGGGAAAAUUUGGACACGGGGACAGACAUGCAUGCAGGCAGAAUGCCCUAUAAAGACUGGAGCUAUGCUGUCCCAUGCCAAGACACUACCAGAAGCUGAGAGAGAGACCUGGAACAGAUCCUUCCCUGGUGCCUUUAGAGGGAGCGUGGCUCUGCCAACACUUUGAGCUCAAACUUCUGGCCUCCAGAACUGUGAGACAAUAAAUUUCUGUGGUUUGAGCCACUCAUUUAUGGUACUUUGUUAUGGCAGCUCUAGCAAACUAAAUCAAUUGUGACCUUCAUUUUACAGAUGAGGAAACUGAAGCUUGGGGAGAUACCAUAACAGUGUCUCAGUCCCCAGGCAGGUAGGGAGGCAGAGCCAUGGGGCCAGGAAGGAGAGGAUGCAUCUUGGGGUGUCUUCCCUUGUAGGCUCAUGGUCCUCCCACGUUGGUUUCACCUGCUGCCCUGCACUCCCCUCCCCCCCCAUCACAUUUUUCUUGCCUCUGCCACUGCCUUUGGUCGCGCUUUCUGCACAGCUUCUGCCCCAGGGCCUUGGCACUUGCUGGCCCUUCUGGUUGAAGAACUCCCCCCCCCCCCCCCCCAUAUAUCCAAACCACACUGUCCCUCACAUCCUGCAGCUCUUUGGUAAAGUCUUGGGGAGGCAUCCCAUCUGAAGCUGCAAUCUGCCCUGCUUUGGUCCCUGCUCUAUUUUCUAUAGCAGUUAGCACUGGGACAUGCUAUGUGUUUUGCUUGAUUGUUUCUUGUGUGUCUCCCUGUCAGAACAAGAGCUUCAGGAGGCAAGGCCAUUCCUCUCUUGUCCAUCACUAUAUCCUGAUGCCCAGGUCAGGUAGACAUUUGAACCAAAAAUGACAUUGCUGGCACUUCCCAAGCCCCCAUUUAUUUAGGCCUUGAAGUGAGACCCUUGUGUGGUUAGAAGGGACCCUAGGAAGCUGUGCUUUCUAGAAGUGCUUUUGACAUGCCACACAGGAAGGCCUGGACCUGACCUUGGCAUGGCUUAGCUAGUCAUCAGAUGCACUGGAUCCCUGAGUUCCCAACAUGGGUCUUCUUUUCCCAGAUGGAGGGGUAAUUCACCUCCUCUUCAGAUGCCCCUGAUGAGCUGCUUCUGCUCUCUGGUUCUAAGACAGCCAGUUGAAGUGUGUUGGCAUGCAGACUGGAGGUGUGGAGCUGACUGAUAUGGAAGCUAAGUCUGAGUAAACAAGACCAGCCCAGGAAUGCAGCCUGGCCUUGAGGCUUGUCAUGGCAGGCCUGAGAUCCUGGCCUUCUGCCUGCAGAGACACCCCCCGCCACUGCCCCACCACUAACACCUGAUCUUUUGGUCUCAUCUGCCAGCAGAUAGCAUCAUCCAGGCCCUUUAGCAGAGACCUGGCUCAUGGGUGAGCUGGGCUCAGGUGGAAACAUAGGAGCCUGGAAGGAAAAGUUUCCUCAGUUUGGGCUAGAGCUCCGGCUUCUAGGCAUCCACCUGAGGUUGGAGUCGGAUGGGGAUUGUGGGGACAUUGUGUGGGAAGGCCAUGUGGGAAGCCAGCUGUUGGUCUGAGGUCUCGAGUCUGAGGCAACUCACCAAGCAAUAAAGUGUGGAGAGUUUGCUAAGGCUGGAUGGUGGCAUGCCAAGGGUUCCCAUGAGCUCUGACCACUGGGCCAAGGAGAGCAGUUGGCCCAGCCACAGAGAGGCUGGCCUCCCCUGGCUAAGUCCAGGAGCUAGAACUUCAUGGGGCUUGGUCACAUUUUUAUUGUGAAGUGUCUGGUGCUGACCCCUGGACAGCCAGGUAAACAGAAAGGGGCAGGAAGGGAGGGAAGGGCCUGGAUAGCCUUCCAGCUUCCUCACCUGCAACACUCUUUUAACCCACCUUUUUUAAUCUUUUCAUUUUGAAAUGAUUUCAACUUACUAAAAACUUGAAACAAUAGAACAAAACAUUCCAGUGUCUUUCACCCAGUUCCCCCAAAUGUUAACACCCUACCUCUAGCCAUACUAAAAUGAUUACAACCAGGAAAUUAGCAUUGAUACAUUACUACCAGCUAAUUUACAAACCUGAUUUGAAUGACCCGUUGUCCCACUUCUGUCCCUUUCCUGAGCUAGGUUCCGAUACAGGGUUCAGAUCCCACAUCACAUAGUUGUGUUUCCUGUAAUUGAAGACAGCUCCUCAGUGUAUCUUUGACUUGAAUGAUCUUGCCACUUGAAAAGCACCUGCCGGUUUUUUGGUAGAAUGUCCCUCAUUUGAGUUUGUCUGAUCUUUCUUCAUUCAGGUUUUGCCUUUUGGGUAGUGAUGCAUGUCCUUCUCAGGAGGCCCACAAUAUGUCUUUACUGGUGCUGACCUUUGUCUUCAUUUUUAUUGAGGUAUCAUUAGUAUACUAUACAACGAAUAUCUUUAAAGUAUAAAUUUGGUAAGUUUGGAUGUGUAUACGUUUGUUGGUGACCUCGAUCACUUGGUUACCUGGUUCUCUCUCAGGUUUUUCUCCACCGCAGUUACUAUUUUAGGUUUGCAGUUAGUGUCUUGGGGAGAAACGUUGCAUCUCUGUAAAGCAACAAAAAAAUCGCCAAUUCUCCUACUUUGCUAUUUUUAGCAUCCGUGAUUUUUGUCUGCAGCAGGUUUGUGCAGGCUGCCAAAAGGGAGGUUUCCUACUUCCAUCAUUCCUUCUACAUUUAUUCACUGGAAUUCUGGUCUAAGGAAGAGCUGUCCCUUCUCCACUUACUCAUACCCUCCCUUUUCUGAGGUUCCUGAAAUGGCAUUAGCAAGUGGAAAAAUGCCGGAAGUUCAGCAUAUUUGUCCUUUUUUCCUACUGAUUAUGCUUAAUGCUUUUAAUUGCAAACGUUUAAUGAUUGUGUGUAUAUGGUCUCGUCUGCACUACGUAGACCACGGAGGCGCCCUCUGCUCCCGGCGUACUCUGCGCUGCCCGGCUGCGGGCGCUUCCCGCGUUCUCCCGCUCCCGGCAUCCCCUGCGCUCCCCCUUCCCCGGCAUCCCCUGCGCUUCCCGCGCUCUCCUGUUCCCGGCAUCCCCUGCGCUACCCGUUCCCGGCGCUCCGCGCGGCCGCCGCCCUCCGCGCGGCGAGCCCCGCCCCGGCGGCGACCGUUAGCGCGGCCGCGGCCUGAGCGCCUGGUCCCGCCCACGCGGCCGCGCUAUUGGGCUGCGUGCCGUGGCCGCGAGCGCCACGCGCUGCCGAUUGGCGGCCUCCGCAGCCCGCUCCGCGGUUCCCCCAAUGCGGGGCGCCCGCGCGCAGGGAUUGGCCGCGAACCGCGAAGGUCCGCCCUCCGCUCGCCCCGCGCGGCAGGCGGGUCCGCCGACCGGAGAGAGCUUGGGAGGCCUUUCUAGAUGGCGGCUAGGCCGUGAGGGUCUCCCUGCCUUGGUCGGGCUGCGGGCAGCUCGGGCAGGCCGCGGGCGCCGGAGGUGGAAGAAGAAAGGUGCCACUUUGGCAUGAAGACAGACUCGCUUAGUCGUCAGUCAUUUAAGCUGAGUGCAUUGUGAUUUCCAAUAAUUGAGGCAGUGGUUCUAAAAGCUGUCUACAUUAAUGAAAAGAGCAAUGUGGCCAGCUUGACUAAGCCGCCGGCGUGUGCAGCGCGGGCAGGACGGCACCCGGGUCUCAGCGGACUUGUGCAUGUUAGCUGUAUAGAUUUAUGUAAGGUUUUUUAAAACUCUGGUCUUUUAAAAUAGUCUUAACCACUUUUACUAUGGAGACAUAUGAGAGUCCCUCUCCUCUCCCGCGUGAGCCCGCAGGAGAAGCGGUGAUGGAGAACCGAGCUUGCCCCUUUCAAGCGCUGCCCC